GCGGGGGGUGCUGGGGAGGGGUCGCGCCGGGCAGCGGCGUUGGCGCUUCUCCGCGGGCUCCUUCCGCUCUGUGCUCCUGCUUCUCGGCCUUGCCUCCGGUUCUGCGCGGACAGCCCCGCAGGUGCCGAGGCUUCGGCAGCGCGUCUGUUUGUUGGGCCGGGCCGACUUCCUGAACUUGAGGCCCAGGGGUGCGGCUGGCGUCCCCGGGCGCCCAUCCUCCCUGAAGGGCAGGAGGUGCCCCCCUCCCCCACCUCCAGUCUCUGGUGGCGGCGGCCCCUCGUCCCAGCCUCGCCCGCCGCUUCCCGAGGCUGCGGUCCAACCCGCGCCCUCGCUGUGGCCCGUCUUGGCGCUUGGGGCACCUCCUGCCCUUUCUGGCGCCAGCACUUCCAUCCCGACCCGGUCCCACACCCCUUCCGGGACCACCUUGAAAAGGCCAGCGUGACCCGCCGGGUCUCUGACCCUUCAGUGGUUCCCUCGGCUUCCUGAGUUACCACAGCCUCUGUUUGCGGCGAGAGCCUUCACCUGUCCCUGCGGGUGCUCUUUUUCCAGAGCUGAGCUCUGGAGUCGGACCUGGGGCCGGUGCCUUGGUCCGCCGCUGAGCACCCGAGCCUCGCGGGCCUCGGUCGCUUGUGUCAAAUGGGGGUUCUAAGAUCUACUUUGCGGGCGUUCGUGAAGAUUGAUUUAAUACCUGCACCUGCUGUUAACAAAACAAACUUGGGUCCACUUGGCCCGUGCGCGGCAAGGCCAAUCUGCUGACCCCCGGUUGUGGUGAAGCAAAGUGCAGCCUUCAUUGCAGGAACCGACAAGGCGUCCAGGCAGCUUGUGCUUAAAAGACCCCAACUCCCCAAAGGCUUUCAGGGGAAGAGUUUAAAGACAGGGUGAGGGAGGAGAGUUGAAGGGUGUGUGAUCACCUGGUGAAUAUUCUUCUGAUUGGUUGGUUGGUGGUGAGGUAGUCAGGGGUCAGCAGCAUCAGCCUGGUUCCAACCCGUCUACCGCGCUUGUGGACAGCAGUUGAUUUCUCCCACCUGUUGGGGGGGUGUUUCAGUGUCUGCAAAACGGCUCAAAGGACAUGGCUCAGACUAGUAUCUGUAGUCCUUGAGGAGGAACUAAAGGUCCUUGACUUUGUUUAUUGGCUAAUUAUUAUUUUGCUUUGCUUGACUGAUUUUCUCUCUUUCUGCAUUUUCUCAGUUUUCUCAUUAAGUUUAUCCUUUGACUCAAGUUGUUCUGCAGACAAAGGCAGGCGGAGCGCAUGGGGGGAGGGGCUGUUCUGGGAAGGCCCCUAGGGACCGGCCGCAUUGUACUACCUGCUGAGUAAGUGCUGAUAACAACUCACCCUUCACAGCUGAGCUCAGUGCUGUUACGAUGGUGUUGGUUUCUAAACAGGUGAUACUUUGUUUCCUUUUGUGCUUUGUUAUGGGGUCCUCUCUGCCUGGGAUGCCCUUCUCGGUGUCUCUUUCCCUGGUAACCCCCACGUGUUGGAGCAGCUGAAGGAUCGUCUUCCUUCCCACCUCUGCCCCCUGCCUCCCCCAGGAAUAGUCUCCAUCUGCUCUCUACUGUUGUACUGUCUACUACGGCUUUAACACCUAUCCAUUGUAGACGUGAUAAUAGCUGUCAUUUGUUGAAUAUAUUGAUUUUCUGAUUCCAGAUCUUUUAUCACUGGGACUUCGUAGUUUCGAUUCAGAAAUGAGGUCAGAAAUAUGGGUGUGCAUUUAAAAAUAUGCAUAGAAAAUAAGUGGGAGAAUGUAUGAGAGAAGAAGGCAAGAAAAGAUGCAAGAACAUUUUUAGGAAGCUGAUUGUAUUUGUUAGGAGAUCAGUUAGGGAAGAGUGAAUGAAUAAUUAAAGCAUGUUAAAUAGUCAUUUGCCUCAGCUGUCCCUUUGUGUUCUACACUUUAUUUGGGUUUAUUAACUUGAUUGUAAGACUUUCACAAAGGGAUAGCUAAGGCAACCUUUUAUUAACCUUCUCUUCUCCAGAUUGAACAUACGGGAAGGCUGGAUCAUCCCCCAAACUGUUACAUCUGAAAAGUGUUUUCCUUCUUGAUAUUUUUAGAUGAUGACCAACCUAAUAGCCAGCUGUCAGUUAAUGAUUAAAAAAAGAUGUUCUAACCUCUUCUGCUUCCUUCUAAUUCUGCCUCACCUGUAUGGUAUAGUUAAAUGUGAGUUGUGACUAGUAAACUUUUCUCUUCAUGAAUGUACUCAGCCUCUAAAGCUUAUUGGUCUUUCUUAUUAUAGAACAUUUGUUGACUUCAUUGCAUUUUCCCACUAGAAUGGGUGGGCACAGUAUGGGAACUGGAAUUCACGGAAACUGAGCCUCUGGAUCCCACCAUAGAAGCAGAGAUCGUGCAGACCGGACUGAGCGCAUUCACAAAUCUCUAUGACAGUCUUUUAACUUUUGCUGCUGGGGAGCAUGGACCUACAGAGGUAAAAAAAAAAAAAAAUCAAGCUAGCCAUUUAGUUGUCAGAAGUGGAAGAUAAAAGGCCCUAUUAUCAUCUAAAGCUUAGUCUUUUUAGUGUAUAGUUCAGAAGGAGUAUGAUAAAGAGUGGCAUAAAGAAUGUGGUUCAUUUAUUGGGGUAGCCUCAUAGCUUUCCUUCCAGAGGUUCAAGGUAUUAAUCUGUGAUUCUUUUUCAAGUCAUGACCACUGUUUACAACAGCAAAUUAAAGGAAAAGAAUAAAGGCCAAGGCAAGGAGGGAAAGCAGAUAAACCAAAUAGGAAAAGUUGGCCAAGGACAAUGCAACAACAAUUCGGGCAUGCCUUAAGUUUAGGAAAGCUGGAUAUAAAACUGAAAAGGGAUGAGUUGAAUUAAAAAUGGAAAAAAGAGUUCCUUUAAAUACUGAGUUCUACCUAUUACUGUUUAGAUCAUUAACUGCUUUUCAAAAACUGAGGGACUCUAAAGCAGAACAAAGAAUACUUAGAUAUUAACAUCUCUGAAAGAUCUAAAUUGCCAAAAAUAUUUCAGUUAGAGGUUUCAUGUAGCUGUUCAAAAAUUAAAUCAUCCUGUUAAACAUUCAUUAAGCGUAAUGCUGAGUACUGCAUGAAGUACCUCAGCAGGUAACAUGAUGGUUAAGGUAAAGAGCCUCCCCCUACCUGGGGGAGAGGGGAGAAUUAAGCACUGGCUCUUGGGGGGCCCACUUGCGUUGCACUGGCCAGGCAUGUCCAGCGACCACAUCCGCAGGCAUGGAGAAGCACCAGGCCACCAGAGUCUGCAUUGUAAAAACUGCUCUAGGACAGGUUAGAUGCCAUCUCAUAGGGGCAUAGAAAAGGGAGCGUGGUGAGAUUGGGUGGGUCCCAGAAAGAAAGUAGCUAGCUGGAGGCAAGUCUUCACAAAUGGAUAGAAUGUUGACUGCAGUAAUGCGAGUCCUAGGGUAGCCUACGGAGGGAUCAUCACAGUGCGGAUGUGCAACGGGUGCCGAGGGGAUGGGGGCAGGGCGGGGCACACAGGACUGAGCUGUAAGUGGGGACCACAGUGGGGUUCGAGGGUGAGGUGUUUGUGGUAUACAAGGUUCAGGUCUAAGCAUCAUACAUAGAUUAACCCACUCAUUCUCACAUCCAGCUCUCGGAGGAAGAGGUUCUAGUGAGCAGUAGACUAAGGGACUUGAAGAGAUCUGUUUCAGACGGAUGUUCUUGACCGAAGAUGGACUGAAGUGGGAAUUGCUACACGCAGGGAGGUCCCUGGGGACAGUACAGCUGACCCUUGAACAACAUGGGUUUGAACUGCACAGGCCCACUUACCUGCAGAGUUUUUCAGUAGUAACUACAGGACUCCACGAUUCCAGUUGUUUGAGUCUGUGGAUGCAGAACCAUGGAUGUGGAGGAACUGUGUCUGUAGAGGGCCGGCUAUGAAUUCCACAAGGACUUUCGACUUGCCCUGUGUUGUUCAACAGCCAACUGUUCAACUGUGUUUUGCUCAUCUGUUUUUUUAAAUGUGUGUUACGGCAUGGUCUGGAGUUACGGUUGUGGAAAUUGGGGAGGAGGGCUAACAACUAGGGCCUUUUUUUCAGAUGGAGUUAAUAGAGUUUUGUGAACUUAGCUUUUAUCAGGUAUGAAAUGCUGCAGAGGUGAUUGGGUCCCCCAGGGUCACAGUUACAGGUGAGUGGAGUGGAGCUGAGAUGGCCUUAGGGAUGAGGAUGUAACAUUUCUUCCAGAAGCUUCAUGGUGAAGGAAAGAGGAGAGUUUUCCCUGUCUUUUCAGGGAAGCAGUAUAUACAAGGUCUGAUUUCUUGAACUUUUGUGAGCUUAUGUUUUUUUAAAGUAGCCCAGAAUAAACCAUAUUUAGUUCCUGCUAUGUUUGGUUUAUACAAAUAACCUAUUUCCUGUUCACAUGUUUAAUAGGAGAAAGCAUAGAACAGUGAUAAAAUUAAUAAGAUUGUGGUUUAUGCUCUAGGGUUUAUUUCCUGUCUUACCUAGGCUAUUUCUGAAAUCUCUUGAGGGAGACACUUCACGGUAUUUCCUCUCCUGCUCCCAUUGCCCAUAGAACAUUUCAAUUUAAAUAAGUUGCUCUGAUUUCUUCAGUUAGUAAUUUGAGUGAUAAAUGAAUUGGGGUACAUUUGACAUACAUGGAGAGUAACUUGUUUGCAUAAUUACUGAUAUAGGGUGCCCCCAUAGUCUUGGUGUAGCUUUUAGGUAUAGUAAUUUCAGAAAUAUAUGUGCUUCAAACUUACCCAAAGUUAUUUUGAAAGGUUAAUUAAGUUUUUUUUAUAGUUAUUUAUCUUUGUAAUUUUUUUGUUUUGUUUUGGUCACACCAUGCAGCUUGUGGGAUCUUAGUUCCCCAACCAGGGAUCGAACCCAGGCACUCAGCAGUGAAAGCGUGGAGUCGUCACACCUGGACCGCCAGGGAAUUCCCCUUAGCAUUUGGACCUUCUUCAUGGAGAACAGCAUUUCCCACAACGCGCUGAUGGCCUUGUUCCAUCACUUCGUUCAGACGGUCCUUAAGAAAAACGUCAGUGCCCAGCAGCGGGAAUUUGGCCUUCAUGCCGCUGGGCUUUAUUUUCUGCUGCUGGAAGUACCAGGCAGUAUAGCCAACCAAGUUUUCCACCCAGUGAUGUUUGACAAAUGUAUUCAGAUUCUAAAGAAGAGCUGGCCUCAGGAAUCCAGCUUGAAUCCGAAAAGAAAGAAAGAACAACCAAAGAAUGCUCAGGCCAACCCAAGGGAGAGUAGGAAGAGAGGAAGGCCCCCCAGGAAAGAGGAGAUGGAGAUGGAUGAAGUGAUUGAAGAACAAGAGGAUGAAGAGAAUAUUUUUUUUUCUUCCCGAGACCUUUGUCAAAUUCGAAAUGCCAUCUUUCACGUCUUGAAGAAUUUUUUAAGGCUUCUGCUCAAGUUUUCCCUGAAAGAAAAGCCACAAUGUAUACAGAAUUGUGUAGAGGUCUUCGUUGCAUUGACUAAUUUUGAACCAGUUCACGAAUUUCAUGUUACACAAGCCAGAAACCUUAACCAAGCAAAAUACAUACCAGAACUGGCCUAUCAUGGAUUGUAUUUGCUGUGCUCCCCAAUUCACAGAGAAGGAGAUAAGGUUAUCAGAUGUGUUUUCCAUCGAAUGCUCUAUGUAAUAUUAAUGUUAGAAGUGGGCAAAGGCUCCCAUCACGCCCCCCUUGCCAUCACUUCUCCGGCCAUCAGUGGUAAAAACCAGGCAGUCCAGUUUGUCAGCUCACUUGUGGAUGAACUAAAAGAAAGUAUGUUUCCAGUCCUUCGUGUCUUACUCCAGCACAUCUGUGUCAAGGUGGUCGAUAAAUCCGAGUACCGGACCAGUGCAGCUCAGUCCCUGGUCCAGCUGCUCAGCAAGCUUCCUUGUGCGGAAUAUGCUUCUUUCGUGGCCUGGCUUUAUGGAUAUUCACGAAAUGCCAAGAUCCCGUACCGGGUGUUCACUCUUGAUGUUGUCUUGGCUCUGCUGGAACUGCCUGAACGAGAGGUGGACGGCACGCUGCCCCCAGAGCAUCAGAAGUUCCUGAAGCAUAAGUUCUUGGUGCAGGAAAUCAUGUUUGCCCGCUGUGUAGACAAGGCUCCGACUGUGCGCAGCAAGGCACUGUCCAGUUUUGCGCACUGCCUGGAGUUCUCUGCUACAGCUGCGUCAGAGAGCGUCCUGGAACUUCUGGUGAACACUCCUGCAGUUUCAGGAAUAGAGAGCCACCAUGACGCUUCACUGAAAAAUUCAUCAGCUUUUUCCUAUCAGAGGCAGACAUUUAACCCUUCUGGAGGCUCAGAGGUGAUCAAUAUAGACAACGGUGGUGAAACAGCUGGAUAUAGGGGAAGGGGUCUCAUGAUGAUGCUGAGGAGCAGGAUUGGAGAUGAGAAGACCAACGUCAGGAAGUCUGCGCUCCAGGUCUUAGUGAGCAUUUUGAAGCACUGUGACGUCUCGGGUAUGAAAGAAGAGCUGUCAAUCCUGCAGGACCGGUGUCGGGACCUUGCUGUGUCUGUACGCAAGCAGGCCUUGCAGUCUCUCACCGAGCUUCUUAUGGCACAGCCUCAGUGUGUCCAGGUACAGAAGGCCUGGCUGGGGGGGGUUGUCCUGGCCGUGAUGGACAGUGAGAACACCGUGCAGGACAAGGCCCUGGAGUGUCUCGACCAGCUCUUGCUGCAGAACAUCAGGCAUCAUGGUCAGUUCCACUACGGGGACAACAGCCAGGUGCUCGCCUGGACGCUGCUGACACUGCUGAGCACAGAGAGCCAGGAACUGGGCCGCUAUUUAGAUAAGGCUUUUCAUGUCUGGUCCAAGAAAGAUAAGUUCUCCUCCACUUUUGUAAACAAUGUGCUCUCCCACACUGGCAAGGAGCACUCUGCCCCGGCCUGGAUGCUGCUCUCCAAGGUUGCUGGCUCGUCACCCACGCUGGACUACACCCAAAUCAUAAAGUCCUGGGAGAAAAUAAGCAGGCAGCAGGACCCCAAUGCAGACACCUUAGGGCACAUCCUCUGUGUUAUCGGGCAUAUUGCAAAGCAUCUUCCUCAGAGCACCCGGAACAAGGUGACAGAUGUUAUCAAAAGUAAGCUGAAUGGAUUCUGGUGGUCACCAAAGUUGAUCAGCCCAGCUGUUGAUACUUUGCAAAGACUCUGUAGAGCAUCUGCAGAGACGCCAGCGGAGGAGCAGGGACUACUGGUGCAGGCGUGCGGGGACGUGCUCUCUGCCUGUGUGCGCUGCCUCUCCGACAUAGUUCUGAAGGAAGACGGGACCGGGAGGAUGAACGAAGACCUGGCGGUGAAGUACAUUUUUACCUUAGGAGACGUAGCCCAGCUUUGUCCAGCCAGAGUGGACAAGAGAGCCUUCCUGCUGAUGCAGUCCAUCCUGGCUGCUUCUGCCAGCACGGAGCAUUUGACCAUGUCGGACCCAGGCAGCAGUGAGGCCGCAUCCUCCCAGCCCAUCUCCCAGUUCCAGGGCUCUGUCAUGCCCUCUGUGAUCAGAGCACAUGCCGUCAUCACCUUGGGGAAGCUGUGCUUGCAGCACGAGGAUCUUGCAAAGAAGAGCAUCCCGGCCCUGGUGCGGGAGCUGGAGGUGUGCGGGGAUGUGGCCGUCCGCAACAACGUCGUCAUCGUCCUGUGCGACCUCUGCGUCCGGUACACGGUCAUGGUGGACAAGUACAUCCCCAACAUCUCUGUGUGUCUGAAGGACUCGGACCCCUUCAUCCGCAAGCAGACCCUCUUCUUGCUCACUAACCUCCUGCAGGAGGACUUCGUGAAGUGGAAGGGCUCCCUGUUCUUCCGGUUCGUCAGCACGCUGGUGGACCCGCACCCAGACAUCGCCAGCACUGGGAAGUUCUGCCUGGCCCACCUCCUGCUGAAGAGGAACCCUGCCAUGUUUUUCCAGCACUUCAUCGAGUGCAUCUUCCACUUCAGCAGCUACGAGAAGCAUGAGAAGUACAACAGGUUCCCCCAGUCGGAGAGAGAGAAGCGGCUGUUCUCACUGAAGGGGAAGACAAACAAGGAGAAGCGGAUGAAAAUCUACAAGUUCCUUCUGGAGCACUUCACAGACGAGCAGCGGUUCAACAUCACUUCCAAAAUCUGCCUGAGCAUCCUGGCGUGCUUUGCCGACGGCGUCCUGCCCCUGGACAUGGAAGCCAGUGAGCUGCUUUCGGACGCGUUCGAGGUGCUCAGCUCAAAGGAGAUCAAGCUGCUGGCGAUGAGGGCUAAACCGGACAAGGACCAGCUCGUGGAGGAGGAGGACCUGGCCCUGGCCAAUGUGGUCAUGCAGGAGGCGCAGAAGAAGCUCAUCUCCCAGGUUCAGAAGAGGAAUUUCAUAGAAAAUAUUAUUCCAAUUAUCACCUCCCUGAAGUCUGUACUAGAGAAGAAUAAGAUCCCAGCUCUGCGGGAACUCAUGCAGUAUCUCAGGGAGGUGAUGCAGGAUUACCGAGAUGAAAUCAAGGAUUUCUUCGCGGUUGACAAGCAGCUGGCCUCAGAGCUCGAGUACGACAUGAAACGGUACCAGGAGCAGCUGGCCCAGGAACAGGAGCUGGCAAGGCAGGCCGAUGCAGACAGGGCGGCCGCGAGCACCCAGGGGGCGCAGGCCGGGCAGGUUGUUCCAAGUUUGGAAAUGCCAGCUCCUGCCGGCCGAGAAAAUGGCACCGUGGGCACCGCCGCCAGCCAGGCGUCCACAUCCAGGCCCCAUGCUGCCCACGCACCUCUGUCCCUGGACACUGGGCCACUGAAGAGGCUGGUGCCCAAAGCCAGGCCCAUGUCGCCGAGCACCAUCGCCAUCCUGAAUUCCGUCAAGAAGGCCGUGGAGUCGAGCGGCCGGAACGUGGGGCUGCCACCCUUCACCAUGUGUCCCGAGGGCCCAGGCGAGCCCACUGAGCGCGUGUCCUCGCAGGGCUUGGAGCAGGAGUCCAGCGGAGCUCUUGACCUCAUAACUAAACGGGCGAUCAGCACCCCUGACCGGACCAUCCAGAAUGUCACGUUUGGAGCGGGACUCAGCUACAUCAGCUCACCCCGGACACCCUUUCCUGUCAGAGGCCACUCCCCCCCGGCCAGGUCCACGAGCCGUGCCGGCACUCCAGGAAGUCUGGGGGUGUCAGAGGCCCCGGGCCACGGGGACAACGUUCUUUGUCUGUCGCUGCCCGACAUGCCGCCCCCGCAGCCCCCGCAGUGGAACGUGACAUCUCCCGCCAGAGGAAAGGACAGCGCAGCCCCCAGGAGGUCACGCCGCAAGGCCCCCCUGAAAACAGCCAACUGACCACUGUGCCCCUGGCCCCAGACGCUUCCACUGUGAGCAAAGGGCUCGCCUGUGAGUCCAGCGCCGCCCAGCUUUUCACCUGUGUGGUUGGUCAACCUUUUCAGUUUCUCCUUAUGAAAUAAAUGCCUGGUUAAAAAGUGUAAAAUACUAGAGAAAUGCCUUAAGCAUUUAAUACUGUAACUUUACUCCAGAUGGAAGGAGGCUGCCAGAGGGCGGCUUCCCACUCUGCUUCUCCAGGGACCCUUGCUGGACUGGAGGUCCUGCUCUUGCAGAAAGGCCUCCUUCCCUGGCUUCUCCCCACCGUGGUUUGUGACCCUCUUUUCCCGACUUCUGCCAACCUGUGUCAUGUGCUAAUUGUGUGCAAUAAACCGAGAGAUUUGUGAAUUUAAAAAAA